GCCAGCUGACAUUCGGGUCAGAGACCGCGCAGCUUCUGCGGGGACUUCUGUCAGUCCGCGAGGGAAAAAAGUUUUGACAAGCAGCUCGUGUCGACAGCAGCAGCGGCUCGGCGUUCCCUUCCAAACCUGCAAGAGGUGUCCUGUGAGCGGGGAAAGAAGAGGCCGUACAAUCCUCGGCAGUGUUCUGAGACUGUACGCCCCCCCCCCCGAAGCCCCCUUCUCUUACAAGCCCGGACGCUUUCUUCCAGCCAGGGUUCCAUGGACUUACUCAUCGCAUAGAGGGACUUCUUCUCACCUGCGCUCUUUGGCCUAAAAGCGGCACUCCCCUUUCCUCCAAAAAAAAAGAAAUACGUCUACUAACUUUUAAAUUAAACUUGAGUGGAGUUACUGCUCUGCGUCUGAGUAAGCCAAACUAUGACAGCUGACAAGGAAAAGAAGAGAAGCAGCUCGGAGCGGCGGAAGGAAAAGUCCCGAGAUGCGGCACGCUGCAGACGCAGCAAAGAGACGGAGGUUUUCUACGAGCUGGCCCACCAACUGCCUUUACCACACAGCGUUAGCUCCCACCUGGACAAAGCCUCCAUCAUGAGGCUGGCCAUCAGCUUCCUGCGCACACGCAAGCUGCUCGCCACAUGUGGCAGCAGUGGCAGCAGUGACAGCGACAAGGACGCACACAUGGACAGCCUGUACCUAAAGUCUCUGGAGGGCUUCAUCACCGUGGUAACGACAGAUGGCGACAUGAUCUUCUUGUCUGAGAACAUCAACAAAUUCAUGGGCCUCACGCAGGUGGAGCUCACUGGUCACAGCAUCUUUGACUUCACCCACCCGUGUGACCACGACGAGAUCAAAGAAAAUCUUAGUCUGAAGACAACAGGAAGUGGCUUUGGUAAAAAAGGCAAAGAACUGAGCACAGAACGGGACUUCUUCAUGCGGAUGAAAUGCACGGUAACCAACAGAGGACGCACCGUCAACCUCAAGUCGGCCGGCUGGAAGGUGCUCCACUGCACCGGUCAUCUGAAGAUGUAUGACGGCUGCCCUUCUCGCGUGCUUUGUGGCUACAAAGAGCCCCCACUCACCUGUGCCGUCUUGAUGUGCGAACCAAUCCCACACCCGUCCAACAUCGACACACCUUUGGACAGCAGGACCUUCCUGAGCAGACACAGCAUGGACAUGAAGUUCACCUACUGCGAUGACAAGGUGACCGAGUUGAUUGGUUACGCUCCUGAGGACCUGCUGGGUCGUUCGGUCUAUGACUUUUACCACGCCCUGGACUCUGACAGCGUCACCAAGAGCCACCACAACUUGUGUAGCAAGGGUCAGGCAGUCAGCGGUCAGUAUCGCAUGCUGGCUAAGAAAGGCGGCUAUGUGUGGGUGGAAACCCAGGGAACCGUCAUUUAUAACAGCCGAAACUCUCAGCCACAAUGCAUCGUCUGCAUCAACUACGUCCUCAGUGACAUUGAGGACAGGGCUGUGAUAUUCUCUUUGGAGCAGACAGAGUCUCUGUUCAAGCCGCAACACAUGAACAGCUUCUUCAGCGCUGGAGGAGCAGGCAUGAAUGGGGAGCCAGGAGACUCCCUGUUCAGCACCCUAAAGGAGGAGCCAGAGGACCUUGCACAGCUGGCUCCAACACCUGGAGACACCAUCAUUUCUCUUGAUUUUGGUCGAUCUGAGUUUGAGGAGCCUCAACAUCCAUCAUCAUUCACACCGGCAUCUGCUUCAGCCAUGCCCCCGCUGGGACCUUUGUCCUGGGCAAGUGAGAGCCACAAACCUGGGUCCAAUGCAGUUCCAGGGGAGUUGGCUACCAUGGCCGGCGCAUUCACCGUGCAGCAGAAUAAGCCCCCGGGCAGUGCCACUCCGAGCCUGAGCAGCUGCUCCACGCCCAGCAGCCCCGGUGAUUACUACAGCUCAGUGGACAGCGACCUGAAGUUGGAGCUGACCGAGAAGCUUUUUGCUCUGGACACCGAGGGAAACAAUUCUGCAAACACAGAGAGAGAUUUGUGUGAUUUGGAUCUGGAGACCUUGGCUCCUUAUAUCCCGAUGGACGGAGAGGACUUCCAGCUGAAUCCAAUCAUUCCUGAGCCUGAACCUCUGGACAACUCCGGAGGAGCAGGAUCCAUGGGCAACAACAGCAAACAGAACGUCCAGCAGAGCUUCAGUGACAUUGCAAGCCUCUUCCAGCCGCUGACCUCUCCCCCUCCACUGCAAGGCUGCUAUCGGCCUGAGCCACAACCAUCCUGGGCCAUCAGGGAGAGGAGAAGCUCUGGUCAGGGUACUGUGGAAGCCAGGGAGAGGUCAUACAUGAUGGGCCGUAUGGGGACUCCACCGUACCAGGCCCCAGCCAGCGGCCCACUGUCUUCCAUGCAGUGGCCUCCUGAUCCAAUAAUAACUUACCAGCAAUCGACAAGGACUCCUAAGGCCUGUCUGAUGGAGGAUUUACCAGAAGAACGGCCGUCCUGCCAGCAAAAUACAUCGUAUCUCAUGCAGAAACCGAGGUCAACGGAAAAUUUUGUGCAAGCAUACAAAGACAUGAGUUCUAAAGCAGGCGUGGGCAGCAGUAUCAAGCGGUCCUUUAACCAGAUGACUGUGGGUGAAAUGAAGCCAGCAGAAGUUAUAUGGAAGAAGAUGAGGGAUGACAGCCGCAUGGAUCGUUCCCUCAGUGCAGGAUCACUGACAGAGUCUGCGAUGGGGACGGUAAUGCCAGGCAGCAUGUCUCCGUUUAUAUGCUCCCUGGAAAAACACAGGAAGUCUCAGUACACAGGGAGCGGGAGAAACGGAGCAAACAGAAAGACGUUUGCCCAAAAGAGCUGCAGUUACUCGGAGUACAACAUGCAGUCUUCAAGCAAGUCAGAGGGCAUAGCAAGCCGUUUGCUGGGACCUUCAUUCGAGCCCUCCUUCCUGCCGGAGUUGACUCGUUACGACUGCGAGGUCAACGUCCCGCUGCAGGGGAACCUGCACCUCCUCCAGGGCUGUGACCUCCUGCGCGCCCUGGACCAGGCCACCUAAAGCCCCUGCUCCCAACCCUGAUAUAGACCCGGACUUGCUCUCAGCCUUGAGUCUCGACACGCAGCCCGUGACAAAAGUCGUUCUUUACCUUCGUACCUUUGGGCCUCUCGAGAGCCCUGUAUGCCUAGCUAUCUGUAGACCGUGGUAUUCAUGACCAGAUCCUGCCUUACGUAGCCCCCGUUUCCCGUCCCUUCUGUAGUUGCUUUGAUAAACGUUCUCAACCUGCAUUACAAUCAGGGUUCAAGCUACUUAUACUAUUUUAUCUCAGAACAUGUUUAUCCAGAUGCAGGUUGACCAGAGUAGAGGAGCUGUCACAUGCGACAAGCCGUGCACACCAUAUGCAGAAUACAUGGGUCACUAGGUGAGAAAAUAAAGGUCAGUGCUGGAUAUGUGACAGAUUACAUAACACUACAGUCACCUGGGUCACACGUUGAAGAGUCCUGACACUCAGAUGUUUGGGAUUUAGUGAAUAUUUGUUCUGGAAUAGAUGCUGAGAUUAACACGGUGCUUGUGGUGGGGAGAUAGGCAAUCUGCCUAAAUCUCUGCACCCGCUGCACCUCAACCUCCAGUUGAUUCCUGUUGAGGCUGUACAGUCUAUGCAGUUCCUUUUGUCAACCGGCCGAAGCAUUCAGUUCAGAAAACAAACAAAAAACGACACUGUCUCCAUACUAACAGAAAAACUGUGUUCUUUAAUGUCAUAUAUAUUUUACCAGCAUCUAGUGAACGCAGCCUUGUUUCCUAGUUUCAGGCAGAGUCUCAAGCCAGAGCUGGGUAUCAUGAAUUGCCUCUGAAAGGAAGCCAUCUGUAGAAAAACCCUCGAGAUAAAAAAAAAAUUAUCCGAUUCCCAAAGAGGACAAAAAUGGUGCAAUAUGGAAGACUGGAGCACUUUAAAGAGUUGCUAAAUGUGACGAGUGGGCCAAUAGAAAUAAUUACUUGAACUACUUUGACGCUAGUUAAAAUUUCACUUCUUUUUUUUUCUUUCUGUGACUAAUGUAGUUUUUAAUUUGGAUCAUUAGAUGCUAGAAAUGGAAGCCAUAAUAAUUGAAUUGUACCUACGAUUUCUUAUUUCACACAACACUGCAGCUUCAUUGGAGCACAAACAUGUUACAUUUAUAUCGUUAACCCAUAUAUUAUAAUGUAGAGGAUUUAUUACUUAUUACUUCACUAUUGUUUAAUUGUUCAUAGAAAACUCUUGUCUUCUUCUUUAAACUGUCUCAAAUUUGGUUUUAUUUUGAAAAUCUGGAAGUGAGGCGAAUCAGUGCGAUGAUACCCAGCCUGCAGCUCGAGCUUCUUCUACACAUACACCACCAGUUUCUUAGAAUCCGUCUCAUCUUCAUCAAAGCACCUCAGUCUGCUCUUUUCAGUACUAAUAUGUGACAGCGUCUACUUAUUGGAUUAUUUCUGCAACAUUUACACAUAAAAUUCACAAUUAUAUUCUAAUCGUUGUGAACAGCUGUGCUUCAGUUACUGAACUGACAAUUUUUAGGUUCUAAAUCACCCUGCCACCCUUGAGUUUUCCUGUUUUAAUCAAAUUAGGACACUUGAACAAAACUGUUUCUAAUGUACACUGAGAUUUUCAGUCAAUCAGAUUCUUUACAUUGCGCGUCUGUCUCACAGACAUGAUUGUAAAGUGUAAUCUGUAAUAUAUGUUCGUUACGUAUCUGAAUAGUCGUUUUGGAGGGGCUUUCUUUUGACUUUUUUGAAAAUCUUUUCUUUUUUACAUGUUUGUCUAAAGUUGUGUUCAAUUAGAUUAUGUUGUUGUUGUGAUUACAGGGUAUUUACUUAUUUCAUUUUUUAUGUUUAGCUAGCAUCCAUACACCAAACUAAAGCUUUUACAAACGAAUGUGACCUGCAGACAGUUAGAGUUCCUUUUGCACACACGCUUUGCAUUCAAACAGAAGAGUCUAAAUAGGAGUCGUGCACACAAGGGAGAGGUGAUGGGGAACCUCCAUGCAUGGAUGCAAACCCGUUUUACCUCUGCAGAACUGCCUCUAUACAGAGUUUUAUCUUUUAGAACUGCUUUGUUGUAAGUCAGUGAAGUCAAAUAGUUUCAUCUUUUAGGUGGCUUAUCUUCAUCUUUGGUUUAAAAAUAAUUUAAAAAAAAAGUUAAAAAAAAUUCAUUAUGAAACUGCUUUUGCAAAUUUGACAAUUUCCUAGCAAUUUAUGUGUGUUACAUUGUUCCAAGCUGUGCAGAACCAAUAAAAAAAGAGCUACCUGAGCAGCUUCAUUUGCUCCUUUUUAGGGCAGACGGUGCAUGUAACUCCUUCCCCUGCAGUCACCACUCACUAGGAUCAAGAGAACAGCAGUAUAGUUCGUAAUUCAUUUAGAUUAAACUCUUAGACGUCACAGCAGCCGGGGAAGUCUCCUGAAAAUGGAGUUUAGGUAGGUGUUUUCUUUAAAAAACAUCACAGAACAUGGCCAGAUUUUGGACACAUCAACAGUGGCUGCCAAUACCAGAGGGCAGAUUCUCACUAUAGCUUUUAACAAUUUGGCAAGGAGGAAUAGAUUUGAACCCAGAUAAUCUCUAAAUUCCUUUAACUAAUUUUAGAAAAUUCCUUUAACUCUGUGUACAAGUUUUUCCAGAGCUAAAUUUCUCUUUGAGAAGUGACCACUUUCAGUAUGAGAUACAGAGUUUUGUACACAAACAUAUGAUGUAUUUAAAAAAGAGCUCUAAUGUUGAAAAUAGUAUUGUAAGUUUUUGUGUCCUGGUACUUUGUCCUGCCCUCCCUUCUCCUCCUCUGUAGAUGCUGUUAGAUCAGAGAAGAUGACAUGUGUUUCUGUUAUGGUGGCUUUUUAACUUUUUUUUAAUCUCUUCUUGGCGUAAAUUAUCUACUGAAUCUGUUGGCUGGCCAGUACUGUUGUUGUUGUUCUCGCUUAAAAAAGAAAAAAAAAAAAAGAAGAAAAAGUUUGGAUUAAAAAAAGCUAAAUAUCAAUUUUACAAGUUUCACCUUCAGAUAUGUAGCAUUUUGAAUAUUGUAAGGCAGGUGAAGUUGCCACAUAAUCGCAUUGUUUUCAAGUUUGCAUAUAUAAAUAUAAAGGCGAUGGUGCUUUAUAGACCAUUCAUGUGUUGUUUUUAAACUUUUAAUACAUGUCUCGGAUCCACUAACACUGACUUUUGACGUUUUUCUGCUUUUAUGUUUUGUUUCCUUGUAAUGCAUAAAAUGUGCCUUAUCAUGACUUCACAUACUGAACAGACAGAGUUCACCCUUCAAGUGCACAGUGUGUUUCUUGCCAAUUUUAGCUGACACGUUUUUUUUUAAAGUUUUUUUUUUAAAGUGGGAGCUUUUUAUCUCAUCUCCCUGUUUGUUCGAACUUCCCCCUUGAAAAAGUCCAAAUCCUUGAUGGUUUUUAGCUUUACUGUUUAUGGUAGAAGACACGGUAGUUUGAAAACAUUAAGAAGCAUGUGCACAAUCUGAAUUCUGAUGAAAUCCUACAGAUUUUUUUUUUUUUAUCUAACUGACCUUCCUCCAUCUUUCUUUUAGCCCCUUUAAUGGCUCAAGCAGACACAUCUUGUAGAAUGAAAACACACCUGAUGGAGUUGACUUACUCAAACGUGGUGUAAAGUUUUAGGACAUGGAUUUACCAGCUCAUCACCUGACUGAUGAAGCUGCAUGUGGGCUUUUAGGAUGAGCAGGAAACAGUUUGACUUAACAUUAAAAUAAAAAAAGGGAGGCUCUUUCAUUCUGCCUCUUUGCCUUUAAAGUGAGCUUUCUGGUAGAAACAUGAUAGAACCUCAAAUUUGGAUUCUACCAAGUUGACAGCUACAAGGUAAUUGCAGCCAAAAUUGAACAACAAAAUUGAAAACUUUGUACUCAAGAGUUUAUUUAAAAAACUUUAGCGGACAAGCUGGUCUCUUUCAUGAAAGCAAGCAUUUGCAAUUAUGUUAUAUUUUAUGAUAUUCACAGCAUAAUAGGAAAGUUUGAUCUAUUGAAGUUUAAAGUGUGCAUUAAUCACGUGUAUUCAUGAUUUAUGAGGUUCCAAAAAAUUAGAACAGUAAACAAGGCCACAAACUUUUAGACGACCAUCUAUUUGGGAUUGUUAAAAAAUCCUAUGAUUUUAAAUUUUAACCUGGUAACAUUACAAGUGUGAAUAAGAAUAAAGUUGAAAUCUGUAAUCAAAUUUUUAUUUAAUUUUGCUUCAGCAUUUUAAAUUCUUUACACUUGUCAAGUGAUGUUGAUGGUACAGUUUAAAGAAAAGAUUUAAAACCAGAGUGGGGAUUAUUUUUGAAAAAGGUGUACUAGAUUACAGCUAUUCAAUAAUUCAGAUUAAUAUUGAAACUAAAGCCUGUUCACUGAUGCACCUGUUUCUCCUCACUUUGCUUAACCAAAAUCUAUUUAUUUCCCUUAAAAUGACUGGAUUUCUUUAUGCUAGAGCAUCCUUUUUAUUAAACACAAAAAACUCCAGAAAUGUAUUAGUGUUUUAAGAUUUAUGCUUAGUAUAGCUUUUAUUUUCUAGAAUGAAUGGAAACGUAUAUUUUCAGAAAAGCACCUUAUGACUUUUUUCUAAAAAAUGGCAAUUAAAAGACUUAAAAGUGCAAUAUUGUCCAAUUACUAAGAUGAAAUAUCUUGGAGACCAAAGAUGGACUAAGACCGAAGCAGGAAACGUGCACAGUGAUAGAAGAAGCGAUGGAUUAUUUUUGCAACUCGAAAAAUGAGCUGCAGUAUGUGAAAUUAGUUGGCGAAACGAAAGUCGAUAAAACAAAAAUAAUAAAUCCAGACUAGAGAAGUCUUGCAAGAUUGUUCAGAUUCUGCUGCUACGGCCAGAUAAAUGUACUGUUCAUUAAAGUAAAUAUACACCAAACUAUUGCUGUCCAAGUUAGAAACACUAAUAAUGGUAGCAUCCCCUUGACGUUACAAGAGGCCAAGCUAAAAGUAGGCGGGGCUUAAAUGCUCCGCUUAAACCAUAAAAUCCACUCAUAGUAGUGCUCAACAUACUGAGCUGCUUGAAGGGUUUUCCCAAAAAGCUAAAGUGACGAAUCACUGAGGAGGAAACACAGCCUUUGUGCUUCCUUUGUCAAAACAAUAUCUGUCUCAAACCUUUUUUAGCACACUUAUUCCUUCUGGGAUCCAUGCUCAACUACCUGUUGUCUGUUGUUUUGUCAUACAUUGCAGUUAUACUAGCUCAUUCAGAUUUUUAUAAUAUGUUAAAAAUUCAUAUUGAUUCUAUUAUAUUAUAUUGUUAUCAUUGUUAUUACUAUAUGGGAACUUUAACCCAAUAAGAAGUUUGUGUUUCUGCACUGAUAUCUUAUUAAAGCAUACUGAUCCUACCCUCA